UCACAAAGGAAAAGGGGGCCGCUCUUGCCUCAGCUGGAAGACGAGAAGAACGACGUUGCUCCCUCCGGGAAGCCGAUCUUGCCCUGCUGUUCGCUACUCCCAUUUCUACUCCUGAAGCCCUCUGAAAUCGCUUCUUGGCGAUCGGUUUCAGACGACGAGAAGAAGGUGACGCUCCAACAGUCGACCCAGAUAUUUCAGGUCAGAGCUAGGACUUGACCAGAAUACUAUCUAUAAAUGUGAGGAAAAGAGGUGUAAAAGGUAAUGGCAAGCAAAGCAGGAAAAUCCAUAGUGAAAGCGAUUGAGGCGUAUCAGUACCCAUGGCAGGAAAAGUUGGCCAAGUACAAAGUUGAGCUCUCAAAAGGAGUUUGGGGACAUUGGUACUUAGGGGCAUGGAAGCCAUCGGGCAUUAGUGCUCGCCAUCGGGCACGCCUCCGCAAGGAGGUCCUCCUUGCAGGUGAGGAUUGGCCAUAUGAUCCAGAGAGGAAAGAGAUGAGGACCAAGAGGAAAGGGCACAAGUGCGACAGAAUAUCUGCAGAGAAAAGGGCAAAUACUGUUGAAUUGAUGAAGAAAAUGCCAGAAAUGUUACUGGAUUACAAGAAGCGCAGGUGGGAGAAGAAGAUGAAAGAGGAGGAUGCAAAAAAGUUGGACUGACUCUUAAGAAACUCUCUAUCUCUUGCUUGCUGUUACUCUUUUCUGCUCAACUUUCAGUUGUCACAGGUUUUCUAUAUAGAUGAAAGUGAAACAAUGCUUUCUAUGGGAUGGUACUUGAGAUGGUAAGUAAUUUUAGUUUAUGGAAUAAUUGAAGCAAAGGAGAAAAAACCAA